AUGUUCAAGAAAUUGGUAGGUUCUUUGAGGUAUUCGUGUAAUACCAGACCUGAUAUUUGCUAUGCAGUUGGAAUGGUGAGUAUGUUUAUGAGUAAACUGAAGUGGUCUCAUUACCAAGCUGCUUUCAGAAUUCCGAGGUAUGUAAAGAGAACUCUAAAGUAUGGAGUUUUGUUUCCUUCUGAUGCUGAAACUGACGCAGAACUUCUGAGUUACUCAGAUUCUGAUGGGUGUGGAGACAGAGUUGACAGAAGAAAUACUUCUGGAUACUUGUUUAAGUUUCUAGGGAGUCAUGUUUCUUGGUGUUCCAAGAAGCAACCAGUUGUUGCUUUGUCAACCUAUGAAGUAGAAUAUAUUGUAGGUGUUGUGACUACAUGUCAAGUUGUGUGGCUUAUGAAUUUACUGCAGGAUCUGAAUAUCAAAGUAAACAAGUCUCUGAAGUCGAUGAUUGAUAACAAGUCUGCAAUCAAUCUUGCUAAGAACCCAGUGUUGCAUGAGAGAAGCAGCAUAUUAAGACUAAGUAUCACUUUCUGA